CUGUUGAGUACGUUUAGUUAUAAAUUGAUUGGUAGAUGUAAUAAUAAAAAUUGUGAAUAAAAAAUUAAUUCAAGUGCUUAAAACGGAAGAAUCAAUUCAUUAAAGUUUCAACAUGCCUAGAUAUCGUGAAUGGGAUUUAAAGUGUAAAGUUUAUGUCGGAAAUUUAGAUCAGCGAGCAACAAAACAUCAAGUAGAAGACAUAUUUAGUAAAUAUGGACCAUUAAGGAACGUUUGGGUAGCUAGAAAUCCACCAGGUUUUGCAUUCGUUGAAUAUGAAGAUAAUCGUGAUGCAGAAGAUGCUGUUCGUAAUUUGGAUGGAUCUCGAGCAUGUGGCUCUCGAAUUAGAGUAGAAAUGUCAAAUGGAAGAACAAGGCAUGAUGGUCGACGUGGAGGUGGAGAAAGAUCAGAUAGAUCAGAUCGAGGAGAAAGAAGGCGUUCAGAUCGUGCAGGCGAAAAAACAAGAUACAGGCUUCAUCAAUACCAUCACAACAGCUUCACAUCCUCCACCACAUCGCUUCUUUCGACCCUACAUCAAUUUCGCAGUUUCCUUCUCAAGUUUACAGUGCAUCUAUAUACAUCUCUCUUUCCAACUUGAACUUAAAAAUAACUUUGUCUAUGAAAUAUCAAAAAAAGAUUAAGACAUGCUUAAAUGUGUCUCUUGUGGGGAAUAAAUGAGCGGCGCGCGAGAUGAGCAACUUGCUAACAAAUAUCAACGUUCUCAAAACAUGUCCAUAAAGAUUCAAAUUUUAAAAGACCACUCAACUUAAGGCCACCAACCAAUCAACAACUAUUGCACCUCUUGUUUUGCCUCUGUCUACUCUGCCGAUUGUCUCAGAAUUCAAACAAGCAUUUUUGUUAAUCGCUUUUCAUCAUUUUAACUUAAUUAAUCACAAAAUAAGUAGCAACAAACUAUCUAUCAGCAUAAUCAUAUCACACACCACCUCCAGCUCGUUUGCAAAUGUUUUCCUUCAACUCAGCUUAACCGUGUAGCUCGUGUACUCCAUCCCUUCUUCUUCUACAUUCAAACGUUCACACACAAAUCUUUCAAUGAUUCCAAAAAUAAAUACUGUCAAUUUUGAGAAUGUGUCGCAUUACAUCCCACAUUGUAAUCAGCCAAAGUCAAGCCGUUUUCAACAUGCCUCCGAAUGUUAAUUAUUUUCUUAAAACAAAAAUAAUAAUAAUCACCAAAACACUUACUACCAACCAUAAUAAGCAUAAAUUCAUGAAAGAAAAUUGAGUGGAUAUCUUUCUAAAAUUCUCUUCCAAACAGGUCUAGAAGUCCUCGAGACCGUUCUCGAGAUCGAUCAAGGAGCCCAAAAGCUAGAUCACCACGCAGAUCACGUCGUUCAAGGAGUGAGGAAAGUCGAUCUAUGUCACGUGAUCGACGUUAAAUUAAAAUUUAUUAAAAACUUUUUGGAAUUAAUGAAUUUAAAUUUUUUUCGUGCAUUUUAACAUUUUUUUCUUUUCUUUGAGAAACAGGACAAACAUUAACAUUAAAUUGAUUAUUUGAAUUUAAUUAUGUUGGAAAAUACAAAUUUUUAACAUUGAUAAUUUAUUCUAUUGAACAUACUUUAAGGAUUUUACUUUUUCUUCCUUUCACAAGUUUUCUUUGAGAAAAAAUGAGAGAAAUAUGAAAUAAAACCUAUUAUCGAAACU